AUGGGUUUGGUUCAAACAACUGAUAGAUAUGGGUUUGGGGACAGAAGUAUUUGGUUAAUCAAUGAUUCUCCUAGAUUCUCAAGCACUGUUAGAAGCAUGCUUCGGCUGAAGCAAGAUCUUCAACCCUUCCUACACUGCAGUGUCAGGGAUGGUAACAGGGCCUUGUUCUGGUACGACAAUUGGACGGACCUGGGUCCAUUACAUCUCCUAUUUGGUUCGUCGGGUCCUAGGACUCUAAGGAUACCUCUCAACGCUACUGUGGUUCAGGCAGUACGCAGUGGUCAUUGGAAUCUUCCUCCGGCACGUUCUGAGCUUGCGGUAACACUUCAGAUUAUCUUGUCUACGUUGUCGGUUCCCUCUGCAGUAAACGGUGGCGAUGUUUAUUUGUGGAGGAUUCAGUCUGGUGGUUUUGGUCCGUCUUUCUCUUCCCGGGUAACUUGGGAAAGGUUCAUGACGUCUCCUCCCCUGUCUCUACCAGCACUCGUUGACUUGUGCCAGCAACUCCAGGGCUCUCAUACUCCCCGAGCAGUAGCAGUUCUGAAGCUCCUCAAUCAAGUCAUCAUCUACUCCCUUUGGCGAGAGCGUAAUGCUCGUAUCUUCAAAGGCUCAUCUUCGACUCAAGAGGCUUUCUUCAGAGUGGUUGACCGUGUAAUGAGAGAUAGGCUCCUGUCUUUGUCUCGACCUACUGUCACUGCUCCAUUGCCUUCUUUGCUAGAGUUGUAUUUUUGGUUCCUUUCCUUUUUCAGUUAA